GGUUAAUAAUUAUAGGAAAAUGGAGAAGACUGUGGUGAUAGUUUCUGGCAAUUCUCUCUCUUCUUCUUACGGAGGGCCAGAGAUAUCUCUUGAUCACGAUGGAGGCCCUAUAAAGAUAGGGAAGAUGCUUUGGACGUCUUGUAUUGAAGCUGUCACCGAGUACUGUCGGAUUAUAUUUGACUUAUUUCCUGAUGAAUAUCAAGUAUGUGUUGCAGCUGCUGAUGAAGUAAAAUGUCAUCCAAUCAAUACCUGGAGAGAUGAGGAUCAGGAAUUAACUAAAGUUCAGAGCGGCUUUCAAAAGUUUGGUUUUCCUGUAUUGACUCCCCCUGUCAGUCGUAGUCACAUGACGAGCAUAUUGCAAGGGCUUCAGUUCGGGAUGAGGUGUUUGGCUCAGCUGACAGCAACACAGUAUGCCGUGAGCGUGUGUAGUCAGAGCGUUAAGAAACACCUAACUACCAUCAAUCAUGGGAGAAUAGUCGUCUUUUGUAGUUUAGAAAGUCCAAACGAUUUGAAAGACGUGGAAAAGGCAGCCCUGAACCUCUUAAGAAUGGAGAACACUGACAUUAAGCAGAAACAAGACCCCGUGAGGUUACCAAUACAGAGAUGUGAAGUGGCUGUUGUUAAUGUUUAUGUGUCAGGGGCUCAGUCACAGAUAAUGCCUAGUCCUUCAAGACAGAUUAGCAAUGAUCUCUCGGUCUCUGUUUAUUCAUAUCAUGCCAAAGAGUUAAUAGUGAAGACCAUUGAUCUGGUGAAGACUCACUUUACACUCAAAUCAACCAGUGUCACUAAUAUACCAAUGAAGGAAGAGCAAAGUGGUGGAGGCUCCUUUAAUUAUGAUGUUGAGCUGAUACACAAAGCAGAUGCACACAGGGACAUCAUAAGAUCAGGCCAUCAGCUUGAUAGCAGUGGGAAGGAGGGUAAUAGUAAGGAGACUGGAGGUGGCAGUGGGUCCAGGAGAUCAGAUACUGUCAUGUUACGCUGGUCUACUCCAAAGAGUAUGACACUUGACCUUCAUUACUGCUCUAGCGUUUAUAGAGUAACUCCUGCUGACGUCACUAGUCGUCCCACCAUUUGUUUGAUUAAUUUUGUCCUCUCUGGUAAGCCUGUCCUAUUGGAGCAGCCAAGGAAAGCAAACAAUUCUAAGCUCAUAACACACCUACUCACCUGCCAUGGAGGUGGUAUAUUCCUUCACUGUAUCCCUGGUGGGAGGAGCUGUCUUGAUGAGCCUCCCUCAAUCAGUGAGGGGUGGGGUGGGCGUGUCACCGACUACAGGAUUUCGGACUUCAGCUCAUUGAUACAGGACAACAUGUUAGUUCCUAAUACGGUGGAAAGGACUAAGAUACCAUCUCAAUAUCCACUCCAGUUGGCUGAAGCUAAUUUAGAGAGAAUGACAAGACACUGGCCUCUUGUGUUCAGUGAUACUGUGGCCUAUAGCAUGGUUCAUGAGCUAGAGCCACUUUUGAGUAUCAUUCAUCGCCCGGUCAUAUCUGAUCCCGAACUUGAUUCGUGUAAAGAGGUAAUAAAGUCAAUACAGGACAAAGAAGAGUACAGCGAACCGCUACCCAUUCCAUCAUCAGGGACUAGGACUAGAGGCAGCAGUAAGAGAGAUGAGCAGUAUCAUUUACUGUGGAAUGAGCUAGAAGUGAUUGCUAGCAAGUACAGGCAGCAGUCAGAGCAGCACAGGAUGCUAUAUGACUUUAUCAGUCACGCUGUGAGUCAAUCCCCUAGCUGUCAAAACACAAGGGCACUCCUUGAGAAAAAAGAAGAAGAAAUGGCAGCCAAAAGUGGAGGAGGAGGAGGAGCAUCAGCUAAUAAUAAAACCGCUAAGGAAGAACCCGCCAUAGCUAAGACACAAUCAGUUACUUCUAACAAUAAAGUAAAGGGAAUGAGGAGUUCGCCUUAUCCGGUACCAGCAAAACCUGUUGCCUCUUUGCUCUCCAUUUGGACCACACAGUUAAAUGCUAAGGCUAUGCAGGGACGCCCCGAGUUCAGGGGAAGAGCCACACAGUCAAAUAAAGCAGAACUUUAUACUUUUAUGAAAAACGGGAGUGAUAGAUGAGUAUUUAAUUUUUAAUAGUUAUUUUUAUCUAGAGGCUACAUCAAUGUAGCUGCAUUAAUUUUCAUGUACAAGCUUAAAAUAACUAAGAAUACUUACAGUAUAACAA